CUACGCCGGCUACAACCCACGCAUGGUAUUUGGGGCGUUGUCGAUGAGGUGUUAAAAAGGGAAUAAUUUGAACGGAUCGGUUGAAUGAGUUUAUCUGUCGUUGAGUAUUGAAAAUGGCUUACGUGGUGCCGAUUCAUCGGGCGAGUAGCAUCCGGGAUGCGCUGAAGUUGCGGUUCAUGGAUGCGGAGGAGGAGACGUUGGUUGUUGCGAAAGCAAACCGUCUCGAGAUAUACUCGCUUACGCCUGAAGGACUUAGCCUGGCUGCGUCGUGCUCCCUGUUUGCGAAGGUGACGAUGUUGGCUCGACUACCUGCGCCUGCGAACUCGCCUACGGAUCAUUUGUUUGUCGGGACCGAUCGUUAUACAUAUUGUACGUUGUCGUGGGAUAGUGCGAACAACCAGGUCCGGACGGAGAGGAAUUAUGUCGAUAUUUCGGACCCUUCGUCGCGGGAGGCGCAGACGGGGAAUCGCUGUUUGAUUGAUCCGAGUGGGAGGUUCAUGACAUUGGAGGUGUACGAAGGGGUGAUUGCCGUGGUGCCGAUUGUGCAGUUGCCCAGUAAGAAGAGAGGGAGACAGGUGGCUCCGCCUUCGGGUCCUGAUGCGCCCCGGGUAGGUGAGCUGGGGGAACCGACAACGGCGAGGAUUGAUGAGCUGUUCGUGCGCUCGUCUGCGUUUUUGCACGUGCAGUCGGGGCUGCCCCGGUUGGCGUUGCUUUACGAGGACAAUCAGAAGAAAGUCAGGCUCAAGGUUCGGGCUUUACACUACAGUGCGGCUACGUCAAGUACCGGGGCAGAUGCCGCAUUCGAGGAAUCGCUGGAUGGAUUUUCGCAGGAGCUGGACCUGGGAGCGUCGCAUCUCAUACCAGUUCCUGCUCCAUUAGGUGGUCUUCUUGUUCUCGGCGAGACAUCCAUCAAGUAUGUCGACACGGAUAGUAACGAGAUUGUAUCGCGCUCUCUGGAUGAAGCAACAAUUUUCGUGGCUUGGGAGCAGGUAGAUAGUCAGAGAUGGCUUCUAGCUGAUGAUUAUGGAAGACUAUUUUUCCUGAUGCUGGUCCUGGAUUCAAAUGGCCAAGUCCAAUCCUGGAAACUAGAUCACUUAGGGAAUACGUCUAGAGCUUCGGUGCUGAUAUACCUCGGUGGCGGAGUCAUCUUCGUAGGAUCUCACCAGGGAGAUUCGCAGGUUCUCCGAAUCGGCAAUGGCUCCUUGGAAGUGAUUCAGACUCUGUCGAAUAUUGCGCCCAUCCUUGAUUUCACCAUUAUGGAUCUCGGGAACCGUAUCAGUGAGAGCCAGACCCACGAGUUUUCAUCGGGCCAGGCCCGCAUUGUCACCGGUUCAGGUGCCUUUGAUGACGGGACCCUCAGGAGUGUGCGCAGCGGCGUCGGCAUGGAAGAACUGGGUGUCCUCGGCGAAAUGGAGCUCAUCACUGACCUGUUCGGUCUGCAGGUUGCAACAAAGGGUGGAUACUUAGACACACUUCUCGUCACCUUUGUUAACGAGACCAGAGUUUUCAAUUUCAAUUUCGACGGCGAGGUUGAAGAAUUGGACAACUUUCUCGGACUCAACCUCUCCGAGAACACACUUCUCGCCACGAACCUACCCGGGGGAAAGAUACUGCAAGUCACGGAACAGAGAGUACUCAUCGCGGAUAUUGAAGGUGGCAUGGUUGUCAAUGAAUGGACUCCACCGAACCAGUUGGUUAUCACGGCCGCUUCUGCCAACAAUGACUCGAUUGCUCUUGUCAUCGGUGGCCAGCUUAUGACGGUUCUCGAUAUCAACAAUGAUGUCCAGGUCGUGACCCAAAAGGACUUUGGCGCAGAUAGUCAGAUCUCUGGCGUAACAGUACCCUUGUCUUCCGCCGGGGUCUGCAUCGUUGGCUUUCCGCAAUUAGCGAAGGUCUCUGUAUUGGACCUCCGAAGCCUGUCAGAGCUCCAUACAACAUCGGUCGGACCGGCCGGAGAAGCUUUUCCGCGAUCUGUACUCGUUGCGGAUGUCCUUGCGAAUAGUCCAUCCACUCUCUUUAUCUCGAUGGCAGAUGGCAGUGUCAUCACCUACUCGUUUGAUCCGACCGACUUCUCCUUGACGGGAAUGAACAGGCUAAUCCUUGGAUCUGAGCAGCCUACUUUCAAGAAGUUGCCCAGAGGCGAUGGCCUAUAUAAUGUCUUUGCGACAUGUGAGAACCCCAGCUUAAUAUAUGGCUCUGAAGGUCGCAUCAUUUACUCUGCGGUCAAUUCGGAGGGCGCCUCUCGGAUAUGCCAUUUCCACUCGGAAGCCUAUCCUGGAUCGAUCGCUGUAGCGACCAGCCACGAUUUGAAGAUUGCCCUCGUGGACAAGGAGAGAACCACCCAGAUCCAGACACUUCCGAUAGGUGCAACCGCCCGGAGGGUUGCGUAUUCGCCCUCCGAAAAGGCGUUCGGUAUCGGCACCAUCGAGCGCAAGUUAGAGGCCGGAGCAGAACUGGUCCAGAGCCGGUUCGUGCUGGCUGACGAGAUCCUUUUUCGUCGCCUUGACGCCUUCGAUCUUCGACCGGAGGAGCUGGUCGAAAGUGUCAUUCGCGCCGAGUUCUCCGCCGGCAAGGACGAAAACGGUCGAGAGAUUUUCAAAGAUCGUUUCGUUGUGGGAACAGCAUACCUGGAUGAGGAGAGUGAAGAGUCAAUCCGAGGUCGGAUCUUGGUCUUCGAAAUUGACAAUGGACGGAAACUGACCAAGGUCGCUGAACUGCCCGUCAAAGGGGCCUGUCGCGCCUUGGCUAUUCUCGGAGAGAAGAUUGUGGCCGCUCUGGUUAAGACAGUUGUAAUCUACGGGGUGGUGAACAAUGACUUUGGCACGAUGAGACUGGAGAAACGGGCCACCUAUCGGACUUCGACCGCCCCCGUCGACGUGACCGUGACAGGUAAUGUAAUCGCCGUCGCCGACCUCAUGAAGAGUGUCUGCCUGGUGGAGUACAAGGAAGGCGAGAAUGGCCUCUCCGAUACCUUGACGGAAGUGGCCCGCCACUUCCAGACCGUUUGGGCCACGGGCGUCGCCUGUAUCGCCAAGGACACAUUCCUGGAAAGCGACGCCGAGGGUAACCUGAUCGUUCUCCGACGCAAUCUGGCCGGGGUGGAGGAAGACGACAAGCGCCGGCUGGAGGUAACGGGGGAGAUUUCGCUGGGAGAAAUGGUCAACCGCAUCCGACCGGUCAAUAUCCAACAAUUGGCGAGCGUGACGGUCACUCCAAGGGCUUUUCUGGGCACGGUCGAAGGUUCCAUUUACCUCUUUGCCAUCAUCAACCCGGAGCACCAGGAUUUCUUAAUGCGUCUACAGGCAACCAUGGCGGGCAAGGUCGAGUCGCUGGGGAAUAUUCCGUUCAAUGAAUUCCGUGGGUUCCGCAGUAUGGUACGGGAGGCCAAAGAGCCAUAUCGCUUCGUGGAUGGAGAGCUGAUCGAGCGGUUUUUGAUGUGCGAGCCGAGUGUGCAGGAGGAAAUUGUGAACUCAGUGGGCACAAUGAACGUAGGCGACGUCAAGGUCAUGAUAGAAGCCUUACGAAGACUGCACUGAGUGUAGCAACCAGGAUAUUGGAUAGCAAUAAUGAUCAGUUAUGAUAAGACAAGGCCGGGACCUGCACCAGUGUAGAUGCACCACUUGCUUUCUACACUGUCUACGAA